UGUUCACUUUACGGUUGAGCACUAAGAGAAGCGGUAGCGCUGCGAGUGGCCUAGCCGGGAACUAGCGUCCAUCUUCUUCCGGCGUCCAUUUUCCGCGCGUUGUCCUGUUCUUGUCGGUACGUCGCGAGUAUUUCAACAAUUUCUGGAGAGACAAUCCCGAGCUUAAUGGACGGCUCACCAACCGGCAGAGGAGGAUUUCGCGGUCGUGGAGGACCCGGCGGACCGCCGAUGAGGGGACGCGGCGGCUUUGGCGACAGAGGACGAGGUGGACCUCCUAGAGGUGGCAUGAUGCGAGGUGGCCGAGGGGGAGGUCCUGGCGGACCGGGAGGAAUGCGAGGAGGACCCCCUGGAAUGAGAGGCAGAGGCGGGCCACCUGGUCGAGGUGGACGUGGCGGACACUUUCCCCCAGGAGGUCCACCAGAUGUGGGAAUGGUAGCGGGUCCAGGAGGUGGCCCUCCUCCACCAGGAAUGGCAGGUCCUCCAAGAGGAGGUCGAGGCGGCGGUGGAGUUGGCGGCUUCCGAGGUGGGAGAGGCAGAGGCGACUUUGGUAGAGGUGACAUGCGCGGUGGUGGUGGAGGCUUCAGAGGACGUGGAGGCGGUAUGGACCGAGGAGGUGGUAGGGGGGGUGGCCGUGGUGGUGGCGGUCCCCCAAGAGGUGGUCCGGGCGGCAGAGGUGGGUUUGGAGAUCGAGGUGGUAGAGGAGGCAUUGGCGGCAGAGGAGGUGCUAUCAAGCGGGGUGGUGGUCCAAUGGGAGCUGGUGGUCCGGCAAAGAGGCCCAGGUUCGAUCAGGCACCCUCGCAGAAUUCAAACGGUUAUUCUGCCCCACCAAAUAACCAGGGUUAUGGCGGUGGUGGACCACCCGGCAAUGGCUACUCUCAGCAGCAGCUACCGCCGCAACAACAACAGCAACAACCACAGCCAGGAGGUGGAGGAUACGGUGGAUACUCGGCACAGCAGGGACCCUAUGCGCAGCCUUAUUCUGGCUAUGAGAGCUAUCAGCAGGCACCUGAUUACGCCCAACCUACCGGAUACGCAGCACCAGCGCCAACAGACGGAAGGUAUGGCGGAGCACCCAACGUACCACCUACAGCUGCCUACAACUCGUCCGACCCCUAUAGCUAUGGAAAAGCAUCCGCACCGGGUGACCCGUACGCAGCCGGUUACCAGCAGGGGGCUGCAGCGGGUGCGGCAGCUGGGGGUGGCGGUUACGCCCCUGCCAACCCCUAUGAUGACCGAUCCUCUAACGCCACCACCGCAACAACCGGGGGUGGCUACUCUACGCAGUCCUACGACUAUCCGAGUCAAGAUGGCGGGUAUGGGAAACAGGACUAUGGUGGCAGUGCUGGUUACCAAAACGCCCAGUCUCAGCGACGCUAUUAAUUAUUACCAAUUCAACUAUUUAAAGUGUAAAUGUUAGAUAUGAGUUUUUUUUUCCAAAUUAUCUGAACCGUCUGUUGUUCAAGCGUGCGACAAAUUCUUGUUUUUUGUUUUUUUAUCUGUUCUAUUUUAACAUAAAAAACAGAACGAAGGAAUUGUCAAUCGUGAUAGGUUUUAUACAAUCGAAACGUUUUUGCAUUCCGACGCAUCAGGACUAUUGUGGGAUUUGGCAAAUGAGCAGUUCUUCUCCCCCCUGUCUCCUCGAUAUUUUAUGCAUGCAAUGCGUAUGAUUAUUUACUUGUGAGACAUACCCUAUGAAAUCAUAUAGUAUACGCAUAGGUGGAACACAGGUGUAUAUCGCACUCUUGAAAAACGACGGUGUUACUGGUGCAAGAAAUAAUUUUGUGCUAGGAAUUCUCAACCAGGAUUCACAGUAUCCAGAAAAAUAAUACACAGAAAAAAAACUAAUGCAAAACCGACGAUAAACUUUUACCAUUGACUGGCGGAGAGAAAUUGAAAUAGAGAAAGGGUGACAGCGAGAAAAUAGGAAUAGAUAAUAGAACAGCACAUAGAAAUAACUGAUACACAGAGACGGAGAUAUGUUCUCAUUUUGUCGUCUAUUCUGCUCAUCAUUUUAGGCUUAAGUAAGUUGUGUGGUAAUUCUGACAUGUGUUGUUGUAAACUAUGCAUUACAUAUAUACUUUAAUAGAAUUACCUAAAUUCCAAAAUAUUGAAGGAAGAUUUAAUUAGGCCGAUUCAAGGAAAAAGCAAAUGAAUAAAUUAACUGCGUUUGCGAGAAAAUUAUAUAAUUAAGGAUCCGCGCUGAUGCAAUGGGAGUUUUCCAGUGAAAUCCCUGGCAUCUUACAUAGUAAUUAUUAUCAUAGUGAAAACAUUAACAAUCACACCAAGAAGAAGCAAAGAAUACAAAAGGCAAAGAAAGACGAUAAAGAAACAAAAUCGCAAAAUAUCAACUGUAUAUUAAUAUCCGAACUCAACACAUUAUUAUGUAAAUUCAGUCGUUCAAAUGUACCUUACAUGAUAAUUUAUUAAUUAAAGAAAAGUAUAACAAUGAUAAUUGUGAUAACUGACUACGUUAUCGGUGAAAUACAUGCGUUUGUCAAGA